GGUGUGAGGUACCUCAAACCGGGGCAUUCUUCUCUCUCUUUCAGGUUGCAAAAGAAUUUGGCUUCAGGAAUAAUGGCUUUUCUGUGUACACCAAUAGAAACAGGACGGGCGAGAUCACAGCGGCGCAAAACAAAUCCCUCAACUUGCUGAAGAUCAAGCAUGGUGAUAUGCUGUUCCUCUACCCCUCGAGCCCGGCUGGCUCCUCCUCAGAGACCAUGGACACCUCUGUCUCCCAAAGCUUGCGGCCUGUGGGGGCCCCUCAGGUGGUGGAAGAUGAGAUUGACCAGUAUCUGAUCAAACAGGAUGGGAAGAUUUACCGGAAUCGAGACCAGCAGCUGUGUCGCCACGGCCCCUUGGGGAAGUGUGUGCAUUGUGUACCACUGGAGCCUUUUGAUGAGGAUUAUUUAAACCAUCUGGAACCUCCUGUGAAGCACAUGUCGUUCCAUGCCUACAUCAGGAAGCUGACUGGAGGGGCAGACAAGGGGAAAUUUGUUGCCCUGGAGAACAUCAGCUGUAAGAUCAAGUCAGGCUGUGAAGGGCACCCUCCUUGGCCAGAAGGCAUCUGCACAAAGUGCCAGCCAAGCGCCAUCACUCUCAAUAGACAGAAAUACAGGCAUGUUGACAACAUCAUGUUUGAGAACCACACAAUUGCAGAUCGCUUCCUCGACUUCUGGCGGAAGACAGGAAACCAGCACCUCGGGUACCUCUAUGGCCGGUACACAGAGCACAAAGACAUCCCCCUGGGCAUCCGGGCUGAGGUUGCUGCCAUCUAUGAACCCCCACAGAUUGGUACCCAGAACAGCCUGGAGAUCCUGGAAGAUCCAAAAGCUGAGGUUGUGGACGAGAUCGCGGCAAAGCUUGGACUGAGAAAGGUUGGCUGGAUAUUUACUGAUCUGGUCUCUGAAGACACCCGGAAAGGGACUGUUCGAUACAGCAGAAACAAGGACACGUAUUAUCUAAGUGCAGAAGAGUGCAUCACAGCUGGAAACUUUCAGAACCAGCAGCCCAACAUCUGCCGCCUUUCUCCAGAUGGUCAUUUUGGAUCCAAGUUUGUCACAGUUGUGGCUACAGGUGGUCCCGACAACCAGGUCCACUUUGAGGGGUACCAGGUCUCGAAUCAGUGCAUGGCUCUGGUGCGGGAUGAGUGCUUGCUGCCCUGCCGAGACGCGCCGGAGCUGGGCUACGCCAAGGAGUCCAGCAGCGAGCAGUAUGUGCCUGAUGUGUUCUAUAAGGACAUAGACAAGUUUGGCAAUGAGAUCACACAGCUGGCUCGCCCGCUCCCGGUGGAGUACUUAAUCAUAGAUAUUACUACAACUUUUCCCAAGGAUCCAGUCUACACGUUUUCUAUUUCUCAAAAUCCAUUCCCCAUCGAGAACCGUGAUGUGCUGGGAGAAACUCAGGACUUCCACAGCUUGGCCACGUAUCUGUCCCAGAAUACUUCCUCCAUCUUCCUAGACAUCAUUUCUGAUUUCCAUCUGCUCCUCUUCCUGGUCACGAACGAGGUCAUGCCUCUGCGGGACAGCAUCAGCUUGUUGCUGGAAGCUGUGAGGACCAAGAAUGAGGAGCUGGCACAGACCUGGAAGAAAUCAGAGCAGUGGGCCACCAUCGAGCAGCUCUGCAGUAAGAAAGGGGGGUCCCUCUGGGAAGGGGAG